CCCCGCAAGGAAGCAGAGCAGCAGGAGAAAACGGGGGGAGGGGACUCUGGCCCGGAGAAAAUCACCCCCGCUGGUCUCAGAUUCUGCUUGGCUGAGUUGCCGGCUUCCGGUAAAAGGACAUGCCCUGCUCUUGCCUGGCGGCGGUGUGACUAUUGACUAAACUAGAUCCAAUCUUGAAAGAACCCGGCCUCUCUCUGGCAGAAACUGAACAGAGGGCUCGUUGCUUCUGCCCUGACGUGAUCUCUUGGCUUGGGACACUGGUUUAGUUUGUUCCCCGGGCGGUGGCGCUGUGCUUGUGGUUUCACUUUGAGCGAGCGGACUGCCACCCCAAAUGAGCACUCGCAGGCGUGCAAAGAACCCUUGUUCACUCCGGGCAUUCUGCUUGGCGUGGGGUACAGAGCGCAAACCUUGCUGGCUCCCAGAUGCCUUCACUCUCUCAGUCCUAUUACCGAGGUUCUAUGGUUUUCUGUCUGCUUGUACUAAAGAACCAUAUUCCUGAGGACUGCCUUAGCCAUGGCCACAGGAGGGAAGGGCAGCCAUUCCAACCCCGCUCCUUAUACUAAUCGGUUGAUUAAUGAGAAGUCUCCUUACCUUCUUCAACAUGCCCAUAACCCUGUUGACUGGUAUCCAUGGGGUCAGGAAGCCUUUGAUAAAGCAAAGAGAGAGGAUAAGUUGAUAUUUCUCUCAGUUGGCUAUUCGACCUGCCACUGGUGCCAUGUGAUGGAGCAAGAGUCCUUUCAGAAUGAAGAAAUUGGUCAGAUUCUGAAUGAUAACUUUGUGUGCAUCAAGGUCGAUCGUGAGGAGCGGCCAGAUGUUGAUAAAGUUUACAUGACCUUUGUACAGGCAACCAGCAGCGGAGGAGGCUGGCCCAUGAGUGUAUGGUUGACUCCUGAUCUCAAGCCAUUUGUAGGUGGGACCUAUUUUCCUCCCGAGGAUGGAAUUUAUCAGGUUGGCUUUCGGACUGUUCUGCUCCGCAUCUUAGAGCAGUGGAAACGGAACAAAACGACCCUUUUGGAAAACAGCCAGAAAAUCUUGUCUGCACUGUUAGCCAGGACCGAUGUUGGUGCUCGAGGGGAAGAAGCACCCCCACUUUCCAAGGAGGUGAUAAGCAAAUGUUUCCAACAACUGUCAGAAUCCUAUGAUGAAGAAUAUGGUGGAUUUUCAGAAUCUCCCAAAUUCCCUACUCCGGUCAACUUGAAUUUCCUCUUCUCAUAUUGGGCUCUUCAUCGAUCAACCCCCGAUGGAGCACGGGCCCUGCAGAUGGCACUGCAUACACUCAAGAUGAUGGCAUAUGGUGGGAUUCAUGAUCAUAUUGCCCAGGGAUUUCAUCGUUACUCCACUGACCAGCGUUGGCACGUCCCUCACUUUGAGAAGAUGUUGUAUGAUCAGGGACAGCUGGCAGCAGCCUAUGCCAAGGCAUUUCAGAUUUCUGGUGACGAAUUCUUUGCAGACACUGCUGCAGACAUUCUGCUCUACGUCUCUCGGGACCUGAGCGACAGGUCAGGGGGGUUCUACAGUGCAGAGGAUGCAGAUUCCUACCCCACAGUCCAGUCAAAAGAGAAGCAGGAGGGGGCAUUCUGUGUGUGGGCAGCUGAAGAGAUCCGGACGCUCCUGCCAGAUCUCAUUGAGGGGAACCCAGAGAAAAAGACAGUGGCAGAUGUCUUCAUGCAUCACUAUGGGGUCAAGGAGGAUGGCAAUGUGAAUCCAAUGAAGGACCCUCACAAUGAGCUAAAAGGAAAAAAUGUCCUGAUAGUGCAGUACUCCCUGGAACUUACAGCUGCCCGGUUUGGACUAGAGCUGGAGCAGCUGAAGACGUUGCUUGUUAAGAGCAGGGAGAAGCUGUCUAGGAGUCGGGGGCAGCGGCCACGGCCUCAUCUGGACAGCAAGAUGCUGGCGUCCUGGAAUGGGCUGAUGAUUUCGGGCUUUGCUCAGAGUGGGGCCAUCUUGGGCAAGGAGGAGUACAUCGGCCGGGCUGUCUGCGCAGCUGACUUCUUGCGGAACCACUUGUUCAGUGCCAGCACUGGGAAGCUCCUCCGAAGCUGCUACCGAGGCCAAGGCAACUCAGUGGACAAUAGUUCUGUUCCCAUUCAUGGAUUCCUGGAGGACUAUGUCUUUGUAAUCCAAGCACUCUUUGAUCUUUACGAGGCCUCGCUGAACCCAAGCUGGCUGGAGUGGGCUGUGCAGUUGCAGCACAAGCAAGACGAGCUCUUCUGGGAUCCAAAGGGUUUUGCCUAUUUCUCCACCGAAGCUGCAGAUCCUUCCUUGCUCUUCCGCGUGAAGGAUGACCAAGAUGGUGCAGAGCCCAGCCCCAACUCUAUUGCUGUCACUAACCUGCUCCGGGCAGCCAGCUACACUGGCCACAAGGAGUGGGUGAAAAAGGCUGGGCAGAUCCUGGCUGCCUUCUCAGAGAGGCUGUUGAAAAUCCCCGUGGUCCUCCCAGAGAUGGCCCGAGCCACUGCAGCCUUCCAUCUGACUCUCAAACAGGUUGUUAUUUGUGGUGACCCAACAGGAAAAGACACAAGAGAACUGCUGCACUGUUUCUAUUCUACAUACACUCCAAACAGGGUACUGAUUCUCGCUGAUGGGGACAGCACAGGAUUCCUGUACCACCAUCUCCCCUUCCUCUCUUCUCUGGAGAAGAAAGACGGAAAAGCCACCGCUUAUCUCUGUGAAAACUACGCCUGCUCUUUGCCUGUCACCUCCAGCCAGGAGCUGCGCCGCAUGAUGCUGCCCUGAGUUGCUGCCCCCGCCCACCCCCGAUCUCCACUGGCCACCCUUGCAUUUCAAUGGACAUGAGGAGGAAGAGCUAAACAUUUAACGAGACACCACUAGCCGCUUGGACCUCACAAUAAAGACACCUUGGGAAGAA